AUGGCCGUUAACUUCGACAUCUCGCCGGAAAAAGAAGCGGGCAUUCUCCGCCUGUUCCACAGCCAACUAUUCGUCACACCCCCUCCCCUCACCCGCCGCGAUGUUGAUCUAAGCGGUAAAACAGCCAUCGUCACCGGCGCCAAUGGCGGCUUGGGGUUGGAAACCGCCCGUCAGCUUCUAGAUCUGGGAUGCAAGGUCAUUCUCGCUGUGCGGAGGAUGGAGAGAGGUGAAGCCGCGCGUCAAGAGCUGCUUGAGGGCCGGGAUGCGCGGGCUACCGAGAUUGAGGUGUGGCCUCUGGAUCUUGCAUCCUAUGAGUCUGUUAUGAGCUUUGCGGAGCGCGCUAAGACCCUGCCGCGGCUGGACAUCGUAGUCCUCAAUGCUGGUCUCUACAAGGUCAACCAGACUAUGGUCGCUACCACGGGCUACGAAGAGAGUAUCCACGUCAACUACCUCGCCAAUGCUCUCCUAAUUACUCUUUUAGCGCCCAUCGUUAAGGAAAAGAAGACCGGUAGCACUCCCGGGCGGAUCGUGCUUGUAUCCUCAGACCUGGCCGCUUGGGCCAAGUUCAAGGAGAGAAAAUCCAACCCCAUCCUUCCCACAUUCAAGCAGAAAAUGACCCCAAAAUGGGACUUCCUAGAGCGCUACGGCACAUCUAAGGUUCUGGGCCAGUUCUUUGUGACGGAAUUGGCGAAACGAGUGUCCCCGGAUGCCGUCCUCAUCACGACCACUAAUUGUGGCUUGUGUCAUGGCUCGGAACUUUCGCGUGAGGGACAAGGCCAUCUUAUAGGCCAUAUUUUUAAUGUGGUUAGUCGUAUAUUUGGUCGUUCUUGCUCGGUUGGUGCUCGCGUGUUUGUUCACGCGGCUGCCAGUCCUGUCUUGGGUGCGAGCGUGCAUGGGCAGUAUGUGGAGGAUGCGAAGCUAAAACCUAUGUCACCAUUGAUAUACAAGCCUGAAGGUUUGCAGUUAGGUUUGAAACUAUGGGAAGAGACCAUGGAUGAGCUCUCAUUUGCAGGAGCCAGGGAGAUUAUUGAUAGCCUCUCCAAAUAA